GCCAGGUAGCAAACAUGAACGGUAUCGUAGAAUACGCCCUAUCAACAUCCUCAGACGACGCGCAGGUUCUGUGUUGGGACUUGCGCACUCUCAAUGUGGUCAGCUCCUUCAAGGCCAACCCAAAAUGCGGGAAGAAUGGUCUCGCACUAUGUGGCCCGAAUCUACUAGUUGCCUCACAGCAGAACAAAGCAGCUAUGCGCAUAUAUGCAUGGGGAAAAGAUCAACCUGUGCAAAGGUUUAGUGGACCGGAACGUAUCCCUAUAGUGGCCUGUAGUCCGGAUGGGAAUGUGAUUGUUGGAGGAAGCGAUAGCG